UCAUUGUGAUAUUUUACUGAUUUCUUUUUUUAGGUAACUGCAUAUUGGAUACAUGGCUCACAGAAAUGAAUCGGUGGUGUCUGAGUUUGUACUUUUGGGACUCUCUAAUUCCUGGGAACUUCAACUUUUCUUUUUUGCCAUCUUUUCUGUAGUCUAUGUGACAUCAGUGCUAGGCAAUGUCUUAAUUAUUGUCAUUAUUUCUUUUGACUCCUAUUUGAACUCUCCUAUGUACUUCUUGCUCAGUAACCUUUCUUUCAUUGAUAUCUGUCAGUCUAACUUUGCCACCCCGAAGAUGCUUGUAGACUUUUUUGUUGAGCACAAGACUAUCUCCUUUGAGGGUUGCAUGGCCCAGAUAUUCCUCCUUCACAGUUUUGUUGGGAGUGAGAUGGUGUUGCUUGUAGCUAUGGCAUAUGACAGAUUUAUAGCCAUAUGUAAGCCCCUGCACUACAGUACAAUUAUGAACCAGAGGCUAUGUAUAAUUUUUGUGUCUAUUUCCUGGGCGGUGGGUAUUCUUCAUUCUGUGAGCCACUUGGCUUUUACAGUGGACCUGCCAUUCUGUGGUCCCAAUGAGGUGGAUAGCUUCUUUUGUGACCUUCCCUUGGUGAUAGAGCUGGCUUGCAUGGAUACAUAUGAAAUGGAAAUUAUGACCCUAACGAAUAGUGGACUGAUAUCAUUGAGCUGCUUUCUGGCUUUAAUUAUUUCCUACAUGAUCAUUUUGAUCAGUGUCCGACACAGGUCCUCCAGUGGGUCAUCCAAGGCUCUUUCUACAUUAACUGCCCACAUCACAGUGGUGAUUCUUUUCUUUGGGCCUUGCAUCUAUUUCUAUAUAUGGCCUUUUAGCAGACUUUCUGUGGACAAAUUUCUUUCUGUCUUCUACACUGUUUGUACUCCCUUGUUGAACCCCAUCAUCUACUCUCUGAGGAAUGAAGAUGUUAAAUCAGCCAUGUGGAAGCUGAGAAACCAUCAUGUGAACUCCUGGAAAAACUAAGAUUGCUAUGAAGAAGCAUAAUCCUGAAUUAGAAUGAAGACCCUCCAAUGUAUCACAGUGUCAUGCCAACCAUC